GAUCUGUGUGUCUGUUUGGAGGGGAUAGACCCUGUUCAGGGCGUGUAGAAGUACAUUCUGGAAAAGAAUGGAUCCCAGUGUCUGAUGGGAAUUUCACACUCCCCACUGCCCAGGUCAUCUGUGCAGAGCUGGGAUGCGGCAAGGCUGUGUCUGUCCUGAAACACAUGCCCUUCAGAGAGUCUGAUGGCCAGGUCUGGGCUGAAGAGUUCAGGUGUGAAGGGGAGGAGCCUGAGCUCUGGGUCUGCCCCAGAGUGCCCUGUCCAGGGGGCAUGUGUCACCACAGUGGAGCUGUUCAGGUUGCCUGUUCAGCAGUGUACUCGGAAUUGCGGCUCAUGACAAACGGCUCCUCUCAGUGUGAGGGGCAGGUGGAGAUGAACAUUUCUGGACGAUGGAGAGCGCUGUGUGCCUCCCACUGGACUCUGGCCAAUGCCAAUGUUGUCUGUCGACAGCUUGGCUGUGGAGUUGCCAUCUCCACCCCCAGAGGACCACACUUGGUGGGCAGAGAUGACCAGAUCUCAGCAGUCCGAUUUCACUGUUUGGGGACUGAGUCUUUCCUGUGGAGUUGCCCUGUGACUGCCCUGGGUAGUUCUGACUGUUCCCAUGGCAACAUGGCCUCUGUGACCUGCUCAGGAAACCAAACCCAGGUGCUGCCCCAGUGCAGCGACUCCCUCCCUGAACCAACAGGCUCUGCAGCCUCAGGGGAGAGCGCCCCCUACUGCUCAGACAGCAGAUGGCUCCGCCUGGUGGACGGGGGCGGUCACUGCGCGGGGAGAGUGGAGAUUCUUGACCAGGACUCCUGGGGCACCAUCUGUGAUGACAGCUGGGACCUGGACGAUGCCCGCGUAGUGUGCAGGCAGCUGGGCUGUGGAGAAGCCCUCAAUGCCACAAGGUCUGCUCACUUCGGGGCAGGAUCAGGACCCAUCUGGCUGGAUGACCUGAACUGCACAGGAAAGGAGUCCCACGUGUGGAGGUGCCCUUCCCGGGGCUGGGGGCGGCACGACUGCAGACACAAGCAGGACGCGGGGGUCAUCUGCUCAGAGUUCCUGGCCCUCAGGAUGGUGAGUGAGGACCAGCAGUGUGCUGGGUGGCUGGAAGUUUUCUACAACGGGACCUGGGGCAGUGUCUGCCGCAACCCCAUGGAAUAUAUCACCGUGUCCCUGAUCUGCAGACAGCUUGGCUGUGGGGACAGUGGAAGUCUCAACCCUUCUGUUGCUCUUAGAGAAGGUUCUAGACCCCAGUGGGUGGAUGGAAUCCAGUGUCGGAAAACAGACACCUCUCUCUGGCAGUGUCCUUCUGACCCUUGGAAUUACACUUCCUGCUCUCCCAAGGAGGAAGCCUAUAUCUCGUGUGAAG